AGGUCAUACAGAAUAAACAAGUAAAUGCUAUUCAUUCGAAAAUACCAAGAUCACAGGAAGGACGCAGCCAGACCGAGAGUGCCGAAUCGUCACCCAGACACCAUAAGAGCAGGGAGUGUGUUACUCCAGGAUCUACCAGAGUGGACAACAUAGCUGGGUUAUAACAAGGAAGUGUCUGGUCAUCAAAUUAUCAGUCUUCAAUAGUUAUACAGCCGGAGACUCUAGUAAUUGUAUUCUAGUAUUUUUUCAAUUUAUCAAAGUUGAUUAAAAUGGAACCUGCAGCAAAAAGGCGACGGAAGAGCUGGAACAUUCCUGUUUCUACAAUUGCCAAGAACACAUUUAAUCCCAUCAGAAGUAUUGUUGAUUCCAUGAAGAUCACACCCAAUCCUGACAAGGAUAUGAUAGCACUGUCAAUAGGGGACCCUACUGUGUUCGGUAAUCUACCACUGGACAAGAAUAUAGAAGAUGCUGUGAUCGAAUCAAUAAAGUCUGGCAAAUACAAUGGCUACAACCCAUCCAUAGGUUAUGAAGAGUCUCGAGCUGCUGUAGCUGAAUAUUCCAGUACUGAUGAGGUCCCGGUAACCUCCAAGGAUGUCAUUUUAACGAAUGGUUGUUCCUCGGCCCUAGAGAUGUGUAUUACUGUACUGGCCAAUGCUGGUAAUAAUAUACUACUGCCUCGGCCUGGCUUCUCAAUCUACAAAACUCUGGCUGAGGCCAUUGGUAUCAAGGUCCAACUCUAUAAUCUUCUGCCAGAAAAAUCUUGGGAGAUCGAUCUGGACCAUCUACGCUCCCUCAUUGAUAGUAAGACUUCAGCCAUUUUGGUAAACAGUCCGUCCAACCCAUGUGGAUCUGUGUACAGCAAGAAACAUAUCCUGGAUAUUCUGGCCGUGGCGGAGGAAUAUCGUCUUCCUAUUAUCUCAGAUGAAAUCUAUGAACAUUUUGUGUUCUCCAGCAGUGUAUACCAUUCCCUGGGAUCUCUGUCCAAGACUGUACCAAUUCUGUCCUGUAGUGGCCUUACCAAAAGAUUCCUGAUACCAGGAUGGCGACUGGGAUGGAUCAUCAUCCACGACAGAAAUGAUGCAUUUCAAGCAGUGAGAAAGGGCUUGUUAAGCCUCUCCCAGAGAAUCCUUGGCCCGAACUCUUUGGUACAAGCUGCAGUUCCAGACAUCCUGACCAAAACACCACAGAAAUUCUUUGAUGACACUGUGGGAUAUGUGGAGAGUAAUGCUGAGCUAUUCUACAGGAAAAUCUCCAAAAUACCUGGUCUUAAGCCUGUCAAGCCAAAUGGUGCUAUGUAUAUGAUGAUUGGUAUUGACAAGGACAACUUCCCAGGUAUGAAAGAUGAUAUCGAUUUUACAGAGAAGAUGGUGAAAGAGCAGAGUGUCUUCUGUUUACCUGGACAGUGUUUCCAGUACCCUAAUUUCUUCCGUGUGGUGUUGACCAUUCCGACCGCCAAGCUGGAGGAGUCGUGUCAGAGGAUCACAGAGUUCUGUAAAGACCACUACAAACCCCCAGGCAAAGCCAAGGCUAAAUCAAAAAGGCACUGAGCUCAAAACAAAAUGAACAGAUCAAAGUUGUAUUAGAGGCACACCUUCAACAUGGAGCUUCACUAGAAGUUUUGAGGGUUAGUCUUGUUAAGACAAGUCUAAUACAUGGAGUGUCAUGUAUAUUUGUGGCAACUGUGAGAUAAUUGAGGGAGGAAUAGGAUAGCUGAGAUACAGGCAGGUAACAUUGUACUAAAGGAAAUAUGUAACCUGUGUGACAGGACAGCAUAUUGAGUAUAAUUGGUAGUGCAAUCCUCAUGGAUAUGACAUUGUCCUAUCACAUGACAUACUCUGUAGAAUUAAUGAUAUUGUCCAAUCACACGUCAUUUUCCUAUCACAUGACAUACUCUGUAGUAAUAAUCAUGAGUAUGACAUUGUCCUAUCACAUGACAUACUCUGUAGAAUUAAUCAUGAGUAUGACAUUGUCCUAUCACAUGACAUACUCUGUAGUAAUAAUCAUGGGUAUGACAUUGUCCUAUCACAUGAAAUACUCUGUAGUAAUAAUCAUGGGUAUGACAUUGUCCUAUCACAUGACAUACUCUAUAGUAAUAAUCAUGGGUAUGACAUUGUCCUAUCACAUGACAAACUCUGUAGUAAUAAUCAUGGGUAUGACAUUGUCCUAUCACAUGACAUACUCUGUAGAAUGAAUCAUGGAAAUGAUAUUGUCCAAUCACACGUCAUUUUCCUAUCACAUGACAUACUCUGUGGUAAUAAUUAUUGAUAUGACAUUGUCUUACCACAUGACAUACUCUGUUGUAAAAAUCAUGGGUAUGACAUUGUCCUAUCACAUGAUAUUGUCCUUUCACAUGACAUCCUUGGUAUAUGAUGUCAUACCAUUGUGAUUUUUCUUGUGAUUCCAGAUUGAUGUACCUUGUAUUUGGUAUAGUGAUGCAAUUUUUUUCCAAAAUAAUAUGACUGUGUUAUCAAUGACAGCUUUAAACAUGUUUACAAUGUAUGUUAAGUUUAUGUUUAAGAUGAGAGAGUUGCUCUGAACAUGAGUGUGUUUUAAUGGGAGCAGUGUUUUAUAUUACCUAAAUAAAUGUUCUAAUUGUGUAGUAUGUGAAAAAUUGUUUCAGUCCAAAAUACUACUUUUUAAGAAUUAAUUAACUGCAAAUAAAUCCUCAUUCUUUAUAAAACCUGUAGAUAGCUAAUUAUAAGCCCACUCUCAUCAGAUGGUAGGCUAUUCAAAUCGUUCUUCAUCCAUGGUUCAUCGUCUGUUAACAGUACUUAUUAUUGCUAUUCUUUGGAAGUACUACAUGGAUUUUUCUGUGUCGGUUCCCCUUGGUUCCUAUAGAUAUGGUUGUGCCCUUAUGAUUUUGAGUAUGAUAAAACAAAAUGGCUGACAGACAGCCAUCUUUGAUUUUGGCAGUUAAGAAUGGGGAGUG